CGCCGGUGCGCGGGGCCGAGCGCUGCCGCCGCCGCCGCCGCUCGCCAUGGCCGGGGCCGCCGGGGCGCGGCGGGUGCUGCUGGCGCUGUGGGUGGCGGCCGCGGUGCCGCCGCGCCGCGCCGAGGAGCGGCUACACGCCUGCAAGGAGUCCGAGUACCACUACGAGUACACGGCGUGCGACAGCUCGGGCUCGCGCUGGAGGGUGGCCGUGCCCCACGCGCCGGGGCUCUGCACCGGCCUGCCGGACCCCGUCAAGGGCACCGAGUGCUCCUUCUCCUGCAAGGCGGGCGAGUUCCUGGACAUGGCGGCGCAGGUGUGCGAGCCCUGCGCCGCCGGCACCUACUCGCUGGGCACCGGCGUCCGCUUCGACGAGUGGGACGAGGUGCCACGCGGCUUCGUCACCGCCGCCGCCAACCUGGAGCCCGGCGACGGCCCGGGCGGCUCGGCGGGCAACUGCACGGCGUCCACGUGGGUGCCGCUGGGCGAGUACAUCGCCUCCAACACGGACGAGUGCACGGCCACCCUCGUGUACGCCGUGGACCUCAAGCAGCCGGGCAGCGUCUCCUUCGAGUACAUCUACCCCGACAGCAGCGUCGUCUUCGAGUUCUUCGUGCAGAACGACCAGUGCCAGCCGGCGGCGGAGGAGUCGCGCUGGAUGCGCACCACCGACAAGGGCUGGGAGUUUCACAGCGUGGAGCUGAGCCGCGGCAACAACGUGCUCUACUGGCGCACCACCGCCUUCUCCGUGUGGGCCAAGGCGCCCAAGCCCGUGCUGCUGAGGAACGUGGCCAUCACAGGCGUCGCCUACACGUCCGAGUGCUUCCCCUGCAAACCGGGCACCUUCGCCGCCGCCGCCGGCUCGUCCUCCUGCCAGCCCUGCCCCGCCGACACCUCCUCCGGCAAGGGGGCCGCUGCCUGCCAGCCCUGCGAGGCGGCCGCCUACGCGGAGCCCGGCUCGGCCGCCUGCAAGCUGCGCCCGCCCUGCACCGACAAGGAUUACUUCUCCACGCACACCGCCUGCGACGGCAGCGAGGAGACCCAGCUCACCUUCAAGUGGGCAGAGCCGAAAAUCUGCAACGAGGAGCUGCCGCAGGCGGCCAAGCUGCCGCCGUCGGGGGCGAAAAGCAAGUGCCCCCCCUGCAACCCCGGCUUCUCCAAGAGCAACGGCAGCGCCUGCCGGCCCUGUCCCCACGGCUCCUACUCCAACGGCUCCGGCUGCGCGAGCUGCCCGCCGGGCACCGAGCCGGCGCUGGGCCUGGAGUACCGCUGGUGGAACGUGCUGCCCCCGGCCAUGGAGACCACGGUGCUCAGCGGCGUCACCUUCGAGUACAAGGGCAUGGCAGGCUGGGAGGUGGCCGGCGACUACAUCUACACGGUGGCCGGGGCCUCCGACAACGACUUCAUGAUCCUCACGCUGGUGGUGCCGGGGUUCAGCCCGCCGCAGCCGCCGCCGGAGGAGGCGGAGAGGCAGGAGGUGGCCAGGAUCACCUUCGUCUUCGAGACCGUCUGCAGCGUGGCCUGCGAGCUCUACUUCAUGGUGGGCGUCAACUCGCGCACCAACACGCCGGUGGAGACGUGGACGGGCCCCAAGGAGAAGCAGUCCUACACCUACGUGGUGGAGAGGAACGCUACCACCAGCUUCACCUGGGCCUUCCAGCGCACGCCCUACCGCGAGGCGGGCCGGCGGUACGCGGGCGACGUGGCCAAGCUCUACUCGGUCAACGUGACCAACGUGCUGGGCGGCGUGGCCUCCUCCUGCCGCCCCUGCGCCCGGGAGCCGGCGGGCCCGUCCUGCGCCGCCUGCCCCCCCGGUCACUACGUGGAGGCGGCCUCGGGCGCCUGCCGGCCCUGCCGCCCCGGCACCUACCUGCGCGGCCGCCCGGCCCACGGCAGCCGGGCCUGCGGGCCCUGCGGCCCCGGCACCCAGAGCAACAAGGCGCGCUCCCUCUGCUACAACAACUGCAGCUUCUCCCUGGCGCUGGCGGGCCGCACGCUGCGCUACGACUUCUCGGCGCUGGCCGCCCCGGCCGCCUUCUCCAGCGGGCCCAGCUUCACCUCCAAAGGCCUCAAGUACUUCCACCACUUCAACAUCAGCCUCUGCGGCAACCACGGGAGGAAGCUGGCGUUGUGUGCCGACAACGUGACAGAGGCCCGGGCACCCGCCGCCGAGCCGGGCUCCUCGCACGCGGUCACCUCCUACGCGUGCCAGGCCAUCGUGGUGCCCGCCGACGUGGUGGGCUACCGCAGCGCCGUGUCCUCGCAGCCCGUCAGCCUGGCCGACCGCCUCGUCGGUGUCACCGCGGGUCCCGCGCUGGACGGCAUCGCCGCCCCCCCCGAGCACUUUGCCCCUGCCAGCGCUGAGCUGCCCGACGUCAUCUUCUUCUACAGGUCCAACGAGGUGACGCAGUCCUGCAGCACCGGCCGGGCCACCGCCAUCCGCCUGCGCUGCGACCCGCUGCGGCCGGGCACCGGGACGCUGGCGGUGCCCAGCAAAUGCCCCGACGGCACCUGCGACGGCUGCACCUUCCACUUCCUCUGGGAGACGGCGGAGGCUUGCCCGCUCUGCUCCGCCGGCGACUACCGCGCCAUCGUCGGCGCCUGCCUCGGCGGCCUCCAGCGGACCACGUACGUGUGGCGCGAGCCCCGGCUGUGCCGCGGCGGCAGCGCCCUGCCCCGGCAGCAAGUGAGCGUCUGCCGGAGCGCGGACUUCUGGCUCAAGGUGGGCAUCUCGGCGGGCACCUGUGCCGCCCUGCUGCUCGCCGUCCUCGCCUGCUACUUCUGGAAGAAGAACCAGAAGCUGGAGUACAAAUACUCCAAACUGGUGAUGAACUCCACGGCCAAAGACAGCGAGCUGCCGGCCCCGGAUAGCUGCGCUAUCAUGGAGGGCGAAGACGCCGAGGACGACCUCGUCUUCGCCAGCAGGAAGUCUCUUUUCGGCAAGAUCAAGUCGUUCACGUCCAAGAGGACGGCGGACGGCUUCGACUCGGUCCCGCUGAAGCCGUCGUGCGGCGGCACCGACAUGGAGCUGUGAGGGGGGGGCCACAAGCGGCCCCCCCGGCCCAACCCACCCCAAACCUCCCACGUGGCCUUAUGGAUACACGGCGAACUGGAGCUUCGUAUCGCUUUUAUACACCCCCCCCAGCCCAGAAAGCCCCCCUGCCCCAGCGAGAGAAAAGCCAAGAAAUGCCAAAUACAGGUGUGGUUAUUUUUAAACGCCACAUUCAGCCAUCUGCGUGUCCCUGGACCGGGUGGCAGUGUCCCCCGGCACCGCUGGGGAGGGCAGGCCUCCCCCGGUGUGCCCCCCCCCCCCCGGUGCAGGGGUGGCCCCGGGCGCUCAGGCACAUGUGCGAGCCCCCGGCUCGGCGCCGAGCCCCGGCCGGGUUUCCGACACCGCCAAACUCCCUUUUUACACGGUUUUCAGCGUUUUCUAGGUUGUGCCGGGGAGGAACCGCACGUCCCCGGCAGGGCAAUAAAGACGAACGUUUCUGAG